ACUCUUUCUAGCCCUCUCGAACACUUAAUAGUUUGUCUUGUGAUUUUUGCCGAUUUCUCGUGAUUUUUUCCCUUUUAUUCUAAACAACAAAUCUUUGUCGACUCGAUUUAUAUUAUAAAACGGUUAUAAAACUGCGCAAAAAAUGUUGCUCCAUUUGAAUGAGCUCGUGCUGGAUUAUAUCGGAAAGCAGCUCAAUGCGAAGGACCUUCUCCGGCUCUCCAUGGCUAAUAAAGCUCUGCGGGGGUUUUUCGAUAAUGAGUGUUACUGGCAGAAAUUGAUGUUUAAGCGGUGGUGGGUGGAUCGGAAAUUUUUCCGCUACCAAGACGACUACCUCUUCAUCCUGAACAAUUUACCCGACCGUCUCCAGGAAACCACAAACUUUGACAGGAAAAACGUGCGAUUCGUUUCAUAUUCCCACGAUGGAGCUGUGAUGGCAGUCUUUGCCAAUGGGUGUACUCUUUGGGUUUAUCGAGAAGAUCAGGACAUGCUAAACUGCGAACUUCACGAGGAACGCGGCUGGGACAAAAUCCUGUCCGUCGAGUUCUCGCCAGACGAUUCUCACCUACUCGUAACAGGCUCUAGAGAUCAGUUUAGAGCCUUGACGAGAGACCACGAGGUUCUAGUCUUUAAAAUUGGAGAAGAUUCUGCUUCCCUAAGAUCUUUCAUUGAUAUCGAUCGGAACAUGUUGGCUACUUGGUUUGACAACUCUCAUUUUCUCUACAUGCAAAGUGGCGGAGAAAGAGACCGAAUGCGGAUCUUCAUGAGUUCUGUGAACUUUUCCGAUGAGAUCAUCGUCUACCCAAUCCUGAGUUUCGACACGAAAAUUGUAAAAAUCCUUGUCGCUCAGCACGUCUCUCCUCGGACUCGGAGAAUCACACAGAUUGCUGACCAGGCACAGGAGGAGGGGAAGACUCUCACCCAAAAAUUAAUCGACAUCGGUCUAGAAUCAGGAGUUGACGUCACAAAUAUGAGUGAGCUAAGAGCAAUUUUAGACCAAGAAACCCAAUGUAUGCCGUGCUACCGACUGCAUUCUCAUCACGACGCAAUUCCAACGUCCAGGUGUACUUGUGAGUGCCAUCACAAUACCGAUAAGCUGCUCAUUUUUCAUGGAAGUGAUGAGAGGGUGCACGUCAAGGUGAUCACGGAGACGUUGUUGGAGAAGGCGAGGGAGGCGAAUCGGAGACGAGGAGACCCCGAAGGAUCCCCGGACCGUAAUCGCCUCUACUUUCCUCUCAACCACUGCACAGUCUUCGACACCGUGGACCACGUGUUCAGAACCGGCGCAUCGCUUGUGGACAGCUCCAUGUGCUUGACACCCGACAACAAGUACCUCUACGUCACUGGGACAACAAAGCGUUCGGUUGAUGGGGAGAUUGUAUUCGAAGUGAAGCCGAUCUGCCUGGAUUUGGAUACGAUGGUGCUGAAGAAUCAGCCGGAUUUCACAAAUAUUCCCUGGGUUGAUUGUGACUAUGAAGUCAGAGUUACUGCGAAUAAUGAUUUUGUGGCAAUAUUCUCCGGUCAUGACGUCGCCAUCUGGUCUUCCUACCACCGCGGCCACAUAGCCGCUGCCUUACACUUCGACGGCCCCGUCUCCUGCGUCGCACUCCAUCCCUACCAAAAUUCCAUGUGCGUCACAAAUGAGAAGCUCGUCCACUUCUACCAUAGUCCCGUCAUGGCUCAAGAAGAGGAAUAGCACUGACGAAAAAAACAUGCUUCGAACAUUCCAGAAAAAAAGUUCUGAAUAGUUACAAUUGAAGAACUUGAUUUACGUAUUUUUUUUGAACAAAAACACAUACUAAAUUAUCUGUAAUUACUGUUAUUUAUGUAAAUUUUGUAAAAAACAUUUUUUUAAUUAGCUUUCAUUUUUUUGUUGUAUCUCUAUUUUCUUUCCUAAAAACCUUUUUUUUAUAAAAAUUUUAUUAUUUA